CUUUUACUCUUUCGUUUAUUGAGUGUUUGCGGCGACUUUGACUUUUAACCCAAAGAAGUAAAGCGGCAGAAACAGCAGCUGAUAUGUUCCCGUGACAGGACCCGGCCACUUGAGAAGAUGCUAUAGAAUAUCCACCUGCAUCAAAUCAUUCAUUCACAGCAUAUACAGUAUAUUCCCCUGACAUGACCUCCUCCCCUGCACUGGAUGCUGACCCGUUACCCCUCCUUCAGCUUGAGGAGGUGGACUCCAGUAAAGCCACAGAGAGGGUGAGCUCCCCGGGACUUCUGCCCGCUAUAUACAGCCCUCCUGUGGGCAUGGACAGCCACACCGUCUGCAUUCCCUCUCCAUACACAGACAGUAACCAUGACUAUAACCAUGGGCACAGACCUUUGACCUUCUACAGCCCCUCCAUGCUGAGCUACACCAGGCCACCCAUCACUGACAGUCCAUCAUCUCUGUGUCCUCCCCUCAGCCCCUCAGCCUUUUGGCCAACUCACACUCACCACAAUGUACCUUCACUUACUCUGCACUGCACUCAGCCUCUCGUUUAUAAUGAACCCAGCCCACAUGCACCCUGGUUGGAUCCCAAAGUUCACAGUAUCAGCCCCAGCAGCUCCAUCAUCAACUGUAACAAGCUGCUAGGAAAGAAAUCUGAAGAAGGAGCGGAAGGAGUGAAAUCCUCAUCGUGCUCAUCUGCGCUAGGGAAAGCCGACAUGCACUUCUGCGCCGUGUGCCACGACUACGCCUCCGGCUAUCACUACGGUGUGUGGUCCUGCGAGGGCUGCAAGGCUUUUUUCAAGAGAAGCAUCCAAGGACACAAUGAUUACAUUUGCCCUGCCACAAAUCAGUGCACUAUUGACAAGAACCGACGUAAAAGCUGCCAAGCCUGCAGGCUACGUAAAUGCUAUGAAGUGGGCAUGAUGAAGUGCGGGGUGAGGCGUGAACGUUGUGGCUUUCGUGGUGCCCGACAUCGUCGCGGUGGACCCCAGCCUCGGGAUACGACAGGUCAGAAUUUGGUAAGGGUUGGAUUAGGUUCUCGGGGUCAACGGCAUCUUCACCUGGGGACACCUCUGUCCACGCUCACCCCCGUCCCUCACACAAAUCACACGCACCACUCAACCAUGAGCCCAGAGGAGUUCAUUUCCCGAAUCAUGGAGGCAGAGCCGCCAGAGAUCUACCUCAUGGAGGACCUGAAAAAGCCGUUCACUGAGGCCAGCAUGAUGAUGACCCUCACCAACCUGGCAGACAAGGAACUGGUUCUCAUGAUCAGCUGGGCCAAGAAGAUCCCUGGCUUUGUAGAGUUGAGUCUGACAGACCAAAUCCACCUGCUGAAGUGCUGCUGGUUGGAGAUCCUCAUGCUGGGCCUGAUGUGGAGGUCGGUGGAUCAUCCUGGAAAACUAAUCUUCUCUCCAGAUUUCAACCUCAACAGGGAGGAGGGACAGUGUGUGGAGGGCAUCAUGGAGAUUUUCGACAUGCUGCUGGCAGCCACCUCUCGGUUCCGCGAGCUGAAGCUGCAGAGAGAGGAGUACGUCUGCCUGAAAGCCAUGAUCCUCCUCAACUCCAAUCUGUGCUCGAGCUCCCCGCAGACUCCAGAAGGGCUGGAAAGCAGAAACAAACUGCUGCGUCUCCUGGAUUCUGUGAUCGAUGCACUGGUCUGGGCCAUCUCCAAACUGGGCCUAUCCACCCAGCAGCAGACUCUGCGCCUUGGCCAUCUCACCAUGCUGCUCUCCCACAUCCGGCACGUCAGUAACAAAGGCAUGGACCACCUGUCCACCAUGAAGAGGAAGAACGUGGUGCUGGUGUACGACCUCCUCCUGGAGAUGCUGGAUGCCAACACAGCCAGCAGCAGCAGUCAAACAUCAUCAUCCUCGCCUGGCUCUGACACUUACUCUGAACAGCAACAGUUCCCCCCACCGCCGUCUGACCUGCAGCCAGGCCCGGACCAGACUGCUACAGCUGCUGACAAUACCACUGUGCCUCCAGCGGAAGUCCCGGUCCUGGACAGACAUCUGCACACCCUUCAGUCUACAUCUCCAUCACAGAAUUUAGUGGGGUCUCACUUGGACAGCAAGAAUUACAUUUCUGCGGAGCACUGGUCACUGGAUAAUGGGGAUGCAGGUCCAGGUUCAUCGGUGGAGCCAACAACCUACGUCAUCCCUGAUAGAGUUGUCAUGGAAACAGCUUGAGAGUGACAGAACUCAAUGACUGAGACUAAACCUUAGUGGAUAUUCAUCACCCAAAGAUUGAAAAAAAAAAAAACCAUUAAAAAAACAAAACAGAAAGCGCUGUUGUGAGGUAAAGUUUCUCUUGUCAAGAUUUUUGUAGUUUAAAAAACUUUUUGAUCGAAUGUAUAUUUUGUGUGCGUAUAUAUUUCUUGUGAAUGUGCACUACCGUCGCUGUUCAUGAGGACAUCACUGGCUGGCUGCCCGGCAGCCUGUGUGCGUUUUUUUGAUAAACAGUAUUUGUAUCUCUUUUUAUCACCUUGGUGUAACAUCCAGAACAAGCCAUCUACAAACCGUCUCCACUUACUCAUAAGGGCACACUUGGCCAGCAAGUCAACAUUCAUUUCUGUAAGAUUUGUUAGUCGUACAAGGACGUAAAAGGACGCUGUUCUCUGUCACCCUUUUGUGUUUUUUCUGCUUUUAUUACUGUGCACUUUGGUGUUUUAAUCUGUGCCUGUUUACGCAGGAAUUUUCUACAGUCUUUGUACUUAUCUAUUUGUGGAUUCGAUCAGCAGUAUGUGGCCUUUUACCAAAAUGACUGUUAAACUUGUUCUCUGUUUGUCUGGUUAAACUAAUGCUGAAUUUAUACAGUAAACAGUGGCACAGACCCCUCCUGCAAAGGCUACCAGCAAAAUUUGAAAAAAAUGUUCACAAUUUAGUCAUUGUACAUCUAAUCUGAUAUAAUGAGCUUCAGCAACUUUUUCUCAGACUGUUAGUUUUAGGAUCGGAACAGCCUGACUGCCUUAAACGAGCCAUACUUAAGCCAUAUGUUUGUACAAGCUAAAAUGCACAAAAUUAAAUUACUUUACAACAACAGAAACUUAGUGUUUUAUACUUGAUUUCAGCACUUGAAGUUUAUCACACUUGAAGCUACUGAUCUUGGCUUUACGAAUAUGCUAAUGGUAACACUGGUCACUGUGACAUCACCCGAUGGUUGGUGAACCCCCAUGAUGAAGCCU